AUGACUGUCAAGAUUGGCCAUGAUCUAGACGUGUACAAAUCGCUGGUCAAUGGAGGUCCUGCAACAGCCAAGCAACUUGCCGUGCCAAAGAAAGCGGAUCCGGUAUUCGUGGAGCGAAUUCUGCGCGCGCUGGCAAAUAUUGAAUAUGUCAAGGAAUGUGGACUCGGUCUGUAUGCACCAAGUGUGUUGACUGAAGAAAUGGCCCAAAGAAUCUCCGCUGGGGUCAUAGACUCAUUGUUCUGUGACUGCCUUCCCGGCAUCGUCCGAGCCCCGGAAUUUCUUCGAAACACAGGCUAUCAGAACCCCUGCGACCCUCGUUCCACGCCGUUACAGGAUGCACACGGCUUCGAUACUAGCAUCUGGGAAUGGAUGGCAGAGAACCCCAAUUCUCUCGCGCGGUUCAACACGUACAUGGAGGGGAGACAGAUACUCGACGGAACUGCCUAUGGCCCAACUCGACCUUUUCUCGUUGAGAUUGCCGGCGGCCGUGGCCACGACAUUGCUCACUUUGCGAACCGUUUCCCGGACGCCCCGGGACGACUUAUCCUCGAGGAUCUUCCGGCAGUGAUUGAGGAUAUCGCAACGUUGGAACCGAAGAUCGAACGCGUGAAACAUGAUUUCUUCACGCCUCAACCGGUUAAAGGAUCUCGUGUCUACUACAUGAAAAACAUCCUGCACGACUGGUUGGACGAGAAGUGCAAAGUCAUAUUGGACCAUGUGAUUGCUGCGAUGGAGAAAGGAUACUCCAAGCUUGUUCUCGAGGAAUUCAUUCUGCCUGAUUCUGGGGCGGGCUUGCUUCCCGUUUUGCUGGACAUGGUGGUGAUGGUUUGGUGUCCUGGUAUGGAACGGACCUGCUCGCAAUGGGAGAAGUUCUUGAAGGGAUCUGGUCUACGGGUCGUAAAGUUCUGGCAGCCCCCGGAUGGACAGGGGAUUAUUGAAGCAGAGAUUGCGUAG